AUGGCUGAGCUUGAGAGUAAUACAAUUUCGUCACAAGCAGAAGCUUCCUCAGCUACUUCAGUUAGGAAAAAAACGGACGCGGCAUGGAAUUAUGUUUCCGAGGGAAUAAGUGCAGAAGGAAAAAAAUUGCUGAUUUGUUUGUUCUGCAACAAAAAAAAUAAGGGUGGAGGUAUUAACAGAAUGAAACAACAUCUUGCCGGAACUAUAGGAAAUACUUUUUCUUGCAAUAAAGUUGACCCAGAAGUGCGGCUCAAAAUAAAAAGGUCAUUGGAUUCUAAUGCAAAGAAAAGUAAGGAGAAGAAAGGGGUGUUUGACGACUCAUCAAGUGAAGGUGAUGACAUUCCUACACAAAAGGUACCGUCAAAGGGGAAGAGAAAAGCCUCUAAUGAGAUUGAAGCAUUUUGUCAGAAAGAUCUUAAGGUAACUCAUUCUUCUCAACCUUCUAUUAGAGCAUGCAUGCAAAAUAAGGAAAGGUGGAAAGAGACUGACUUGGCCAUUGCGUUAUGGUUUUAUGAUGCAUGUAUCCCAUUUAAUGCUUGCAAUUCACCUUACUUUCAAGGUGCCAUUGAUAAAAUAGCUAACAUGGGUCUUGGUUAUAAACAUCCUUCUUUUCAUGCUUUGCGGGUUAACUUACUGAGUGAUGCUAAAAUGCAUGUUAAGUUGAUCAUAGAUUCUAUGAGAAAAACUUGGGAGGACACAGGUUGCACUAUAAUGGCAGAUGGGUGGACAGACAUUAGACAGAGGUCUUUGAUUAACUUUUUAGUUUACUGUCCAAAAGGAAUUUCAUUUGUCAAAUCUGUUGAUGCUUCUGAUAUUUCUUCAACUGCUGAAGAAUUAUGUAAGUUGUUUUGUGAGAUUGUGGAAUGGGUUGGUCCUCGUAAUGUUGUACACAUGGUAACAGACAAUGGAGCUAAUUAUAAAGCUGCGGGUGGUAAGCUUGCGGAGAAAUAUCCUUUUAUUUUUUGGUCGCCAUGCGCAGCUCACUGUGUGAAUUUGAUAUUUAAAGAUGUUGGAUAG